AUUUUGACAGGUAACCCCCUUUAUACAUUUUAUUUUUGUUUCGGUGUAUCAAAAUUAAUUCAAAAUUCAUCCAUACGCAAGAAUCCUUAGCCAAGGGUCCAAAGUGCCCAUAUGUUCCACUUGCCUGUCAAACCUAAGAUAUCGCUGCUAUGCCAGCAAUUGCAAGAAACAGAAGAAACCAUCGAAGUUCCGGCUGGACCGUGGUCCAUUCGCCUCCCAGUUGGAUUACCAGUCGCGACUGCAGUUCCAAGCACCUGCCCUAAGUAUCCCCCUCAGCAGCAUCAUAUGCACCAUUGGACCCUCAUCCAACCGCCCGGAAGUGCUACUGGAGCUCAUCCGGGCGGGGAUGCGGGUGGUGCGUAUGAACUUCUCUCAUGGCAGCCACGAGUACCACUGUCAGACGAUACAGGCGGCUCGUAAGGCCAUUGCCAUGUACGUGGAGCAAACGGGUCUGCCCAGAACAUUGGCAAUUGCUCUGGACACGAAGGGUCCGGAGAUCCGGACGGGUAAACUGGCCGGUGGCGAUGAUAGAGCUGAGAUAGAGCUAAAGGCCGGAGACAAAGUAACACUAAGCACCAAGAAGGAGCUGGCCGACAAGAGCACUAAGGAGAAUAUCUACGUGGAUUAUCAGAGACUACCUGAACUGGUCAAACCAGGAAAUCGCAUUUUUGUAGACGACGGAUUGAUUGCAUUGAUCGUGAAGGAAGCAAAGGGAGACGAAGUGAUCUGCCAUGUGGAGAACGGUGGCAAGCUGGGCUCCCACAAGGGAAUCAAUUUGCCAGGUAUUCCGGUGGAUCUUCCCAGUGUAACGGAGAAGGAUAAGCAGGAUCUCAUAUUUGGGGCGGAGCAAAAGGUGGACAUGAUCUUCGCAUCGUUCAUUCGAGAUGGAAAUGCUCUGAAGGAAAUCCGCCAAGUACUUGGACCGGCGGCAGAGUGUAUAAAGAUCAUCUCGAAGAUUGAAAACCAACAAGGUCUGGCUAACAUAGACGAAAUUAUCCGUGAAUCAGAUGGCAUAAUGGUGGCCCGAGGUGAUAUGGGCAUUGAGAUACCCACAGAGGAUGUUCCCCUGGCCCAGAAAUCGAUUGUGGCCAAGUGCAACAAGGUAGGCAAGCCCGUGAUCUGCGCCACCCAAAUGAUGGAGUCGAUGACGAGCAAGCCGCGACCCACUCGUGCCGAAGCAUCGGAUGUGGCCAACGCCAUUUUCGAUGGGUCCGAUGCCGUAAUGUUGUCCGGUGAAACGGCCAAGGGCAAGUAUCCGGUGGAGUGCGUGCAGUGCAUGGCCAGGAUCUGUGCCAAAGUCGAAGCAGUUCUCUGGUACGAAAGUCUGCAGAACAGCCUCAAAAGAGAAAUCCGAACCAGUGCCGCCGACCACAUUUCGGCGGUUACCACGGCGAUCGCGGAGGCGGCCACGGUGGGUCAAGCCCGGGCAAUUGUGGUGGCCAGUCCGUGCUCCAUGGUCGCCCAAAUGGUCAGUCACAUGAGGCCGCCGUGUCCCAUUGUGAUGCUCACGGGUAGCCACUCCGAGGCGGCUCAAUCCCUGCUCUUUCGCGGCGUCUACCCACUCCUCGUCGAGGAAAUGGUUAUUGGCAGCUUGAACUUUCGACGCAUCAUGCAGUCGGGUCUGAAGCUGAUGGGCAAGAUGGACAUCCUGGAGCCUGGUCAGAAGGGAUCGGUGGUGGUGGUCAAUGCCAUGUCAGCGGAAAAGGUAACCUUCCGGCUGUUCACCAUCCGUCAGCAGACCAAGGAAGAACGAGAACAGGAGGAGCGAUGCCGACAACUGGCUCUGGAACAGAGCUGCAAGGAGAAGGCUGCAAAGAAGGCGUGCAGAAAACUCCAGGAAGCGGAAGAAUGUCGGAAGAAAGAAGAGGCCAAAAAAUGUAGUCAGUCCGAAGAGAAGCAAAAGCCUUGCCCAAAGAAGCUUGAAACGCCUUGUCCCAAACAAGAUUAUAGAAUCUCAAAAUGCAAGCAAAUGCAAGCGGAAGCUGAGGAAAGAAAGUGCAAAGAAGAGUUUGAACAGAUGUGCAAACUAGCCGAAGAGAAGGAGAAAGAAGCUGAAAUGUGCAGGAAAGCGAAAGAAGAACGACGGAAAGAGGAAGCUGAAAAGUGUAGGAAAGCGGAAGAAGAACAAAGAAAAAAGAAAGCUGAAAAGUGUAGAAAAGCGGAAGCAGAACGAAGGAAACAGGAAGCUGAAAAGUGUAGGAAGGCGGAAGAAGAACGAAGGAGAGAGGAAGCUGAAAAGUGUAGGAAAGCGGAAGAAGAACGAAGGAGAAAGGAAGCUGAAAAGUGUAGGAAAGCCGAAGAAGAACGAAGGAAAAAGGAAGCUGAACGACAGAAAAAGGAAGCUGAAAAGUGUAGAAAAGCGGCAGAAGAACGAAGGAGAGAGGAAGCUGAAAAGUGUAGGAAAGCGGCAGAAGAACGAAUGAAAGAGGAAGCUGAAAAGUGUAGGAAAUUGGAACAAGAAAGGAAGUGCAAACUGGCUGAAGAGAAGAAAAGAAAUGAGGAGGAACUUAAGAUAAUAGAAGCAGAAGUGGCCAAACUGGAAGCAGCUGAAAAGGCCAAGCGUCUGAAGGAGGAAGAGGAAAAGAAGGCUGAACUAAAGAACUGCAAGCUACUAAAUGAAGCAAAGAAAAAGAAGGAAGAGGCUGAUAGGUGCAAGAGGGAGCAAAGAGAAAGGGAGCUAGCUGAAAUGGAAAAGAAAUGGAAACAGUUUGCGGAAAAGAGGAAGAGAAAGAAGGAAGCAGAGAUGUGUAGGAAAAUUGAGGAGGAAAAAGAAAAGGCCGAGGCAGAAUCGGCCGAUAAGCUUCUAAAAGACGUGUGCGAAAAACUAAAGCAAUCUCUCUCGGAUCCUGACAACUCAAAAAAGGGCAAGAAAUAGAUUGGAAACUUAUGGCAGAUUUUUAUGGAACAUUUUCAGUUUAAAAUGCAAUGCUGCACAGUGAAUACCAAAUUAAAUAAAUUUGUUAUUGGAU